GUGUGUGUGUGUGUGUGUGUGUGUGUGUGUGUGUGUGUGUGUGUGUGUGUGUGUGUGUGUGAGCAUCAGAAACAUGGCGGAGAGCGAGUUGAACGUUGACAGUAUCAUCUCUCGGUUACUGGAAGUGCGAGGAUGUCGUCCGGGGAAGGUCGUACAGAUGACAGAGGCUGAGGUUCGGGGGCUCUGCAUCAAGUCCAGAGAGAUUUUCCUCAGUCAGCCGAUCCUGCUCGAACUGGAGGCGCCACUCAAAAUCUGCGGUGAUAUCCAUGGACAGUACACAGACUUGCUGAGGCUAUUCGAGUAUGGUGGCUUCCCUCCCGAGGCCAACUACCUGUUCCUCGGGGAUUAUGUGGACAGAGGGAAGCAGUCGCUGGAAACCAUCUGCCUGCUGCUCGCCUAUAAGAUCAAAUACCCGGAAAACUUCUUCUUGCUCAGGGGAAACCACGAGUGCGCCUCCAUCAAUCGCAUCUACGGCUUCUACGAUGAGUGCAAGCGUAGGUUCAACAUAAAGCUCUGGAAGACCUUCACAGACUGUUUCAAUUGUCUGCCCAUCGCUGCGAUUAUUGAUGAGAAGAUAUUCUGCUGCCACGGAGGUCUCUCACCUGAUCUCCAGUCCAUGGAACAAAUCCGACGUAUUAUGAGACCCACUGAUGUCCCCGACACAGGCUUGCUGUGUGACCUACUGUGGUCAGACCCAGACAAAGACGUCCAGGGCUGGGGUGAGAACGAUCGGGGAGUUUCCUUCACCUUUGGGGCCGACGUGGUCAGCAGGUUUCUCAACCGUCACGACCUGGAUCUCAUCUGCCGAGCACAUCAGGUUGUUGAAGACGGCUAUGAGUUCUUUGCCAAGCGACAGCUGGUGACGCUGUUCUCUGCCCCCAACUACUGCGGGGAGUUUGACAACGCAGGCGGCAUGAUGAGUGUGGACGAGUCCCUUAUGUGCUCCUUUCAGAUUCUGAAGCCGUCAGAAAAAAAAGCAAAGUACCAGUACGGAGGGGUGAACACAGGACGGCCUGUCACUCCGCCUCGCACCACUCAGGCACCGAAAAAGAGGUGAGCAGCUGGCCCUGACUCUCCUGCUCUUUCCCCUGCCCCCCCGGCUGGUCUCUGGCCCACGUCCCUGCAGGCUGCCUCAAAACACUCCAGCCCUCUUCUCAGUCAGCUUGUCCAUGUGUAAACAGAAACUUCAGGAGUGUUUUUUUGCUUGUUCUGUGGGUAUUUUUAUGAACAUGUGAGUGGUAUUUCUUCCAUUUCUUUUGAUGCCAUGGUAUGUAUUAACUCAGCCCUUACUUCUACUACUACUACUACUACUCAGUCCAUUCAGCAAUAUUAAAACCAAACUUGUGGAAUGGGCACGGUGUUAAGAAAAGUCGCUUCUCUGCCUUCAGAUUAACAAUUUCCAUAGUGAUUUUGUGAAUGCAUGCACGCUUGUGAGAUUGAGACGGGUUCUUUGCCCCUAACCACUGUAAAAUCCAUAAAUCCUUCCAGACAACAGUGCAAAUUGAUUAAUUCACCUAAUUACUGCCAUUGCCCCUUUCUGUAUCGGCUGAAGCAAUAUGCUGCUUAAGGAAAUAUAUAUAUAUUUUAAUUUAAUUUGGGGAAAUAUGCUAUUGUGCUCUUGAAAACAGUAAAAUGAGAAGACCAGUGCCACUCUCAUGUACCACCAGCUCUCUUGAAGAUGAAGA